UAACACUUGUCAAAAGUUUGAGAAUUGAAGAUUUCGUCGUGUUUUUAAGAUAUUUCGGUACCGAGAGGUGAAAGGUGUGGUAUUCCAGAUUUUAUGCACUCUUAUAUAGUACAAACUUUCAUACCUGCUAAUGGAUAUUGAAGAUUUAUCUGCUGAACACGAUAGACCAGAGACAGAAUCUUCUGUACUAGUAAAGACAAGAUUUAGAAAUAAAAAGCAAAAUAUUCCUGAUGAUUUGUGUCUUAGUAGUAACUUACCCGAAAAAUUUCAUGUUUUUGUACAAACAUGGGGUUGUGCACAUAAUACUAGUGACAGUGAAUAUAUGACCGGACUACUAGCCAAAUAUGGAUAUCAAGUUACACUGGAUGGUUCACAGUCUACAAAUGGUUGUGUGUCGGAGGGAGAUAUCAGUUCUACAUCAGAUUUAGCUUGUGGAUGCCAAGACAACGGUGAUCAAUGCUGUUCGAAAGAAAAAAACUCGGAUAAAAGCAAAGCUGUACUUUCAAAUUGCGAUGCGAAAAAGAAUGCAGAUGUUUGGGUUUUGAACAGCUGUACAGUUAAAGGUCCAGCUGAGGAUCACUUUAGAAAUGCUGUUUUAGAGGGAAUAAAACUUGGCAAACGUGUUGUUGCCGCUGGUUGUGUACCGCAAAGUCGACCAGGUGCAGAUUACUUAAAGGGCGUUAGUGUUAUUGGUGUGCAUCAAAUCGAUCGUAUUGUUGAGGUUGUUGAAGAAACAUUACAAGGAAAUGUAGUACGAUUUUUGGAUAAAAAGUGUACAUCAUCAGAAUCAUCUAAUUCAAUGACAAAUUCAUCGUCACCAGCUGGUGUAGCAUUAGAUUUACCGAAAAUUCGACGUAAUCCAUUAAUUGAAAUAUUGGCUAUAAGUACAGGUUGUUUAAAUGCAUGUACAUAUUGUAAAACCAAACAAGCUCGUGGUAUAUUAGCUAGUUAUCCUAUUGAACAAUUAUUAGAUCGUGCUAAACAAGCAUUUACAGAAGGUGUUAAGGAACUAUGGCUUACUUCGGAAGAUCUUGGUGCUUACGGCCGUGAUUUAGACAGGAAUACAUCAUCUCUUAUUUGUCCUUCAUUAUCUGAAAAAUGGCCCCAUCACAUUACACUUGCUGAUCUAUUGGCUGGUCUUGUCCCAAUUAUUCCUGCUGGGUGUAUGUUACGUUUGGGUAUGACAAAUCCGCCAUAUAUAUUAGAUCAAUUAGUUGAAAUCGCGGAAGUAUUGUCACAUCCUAGAGUGUAUUCAUUUCUUCAUAUUCCUGUUCAAUCUGGUUCAGAUGCUGUAUUAGACGCAAUGAAAAGGGAGUAUACUAUAGAAGAAUUCUCAAAUGUUGUAGAUUAUCUUAUGCAAAAUGUGAAACCGCCAAAUUUACCUCCUGGUGCAGCACAUGAUACUGUAAAUGGAUCUGGAACGCUUACAAUUGCCACUGAUGUGAUAUGCGGUUUUCCAACUGAAACAGAUAACGAUUUUAAUGAGACUGUUGAAUUAAUUGAAAAGUAUCAAUUUCCUGUAUUACAUAUAAAUCAGUUCUUUCCACGUCCCGGUACACCUGCUGCUAAUAUGCCAAGGAAAGCUAGUUCUUCCGAAGUUAAAUCUCGUACACGUAGAUUACACGAUCUGUUCAGAAGUUAUCGAACUUAUGAUGGUCGUAUUGGUUGUGAAGUUCGUGUUCUUAUUACUGAACCGAGUUUUGAUGGUAAAUUUUGGGUUGGUCAUACAAAAGCUUAUGAACAAAUUUUAUUACCAAAAGAUCCGAAUGUUUAUGGUCGUAUAGUACUUGUACGUAUUAUAGAAUGUGAUAAAUUUUUUAUGCGUGGUAUCAUUAUUGAUUCAGGACCAUUGGAUUCUAUUGUUUUCCCAGAUAAUCAUUUCAAUUUACCAUCUUUACCUUUAUUAAUACGAAAUUCAAUUAAAUUAUCUAAAAUAAAUUGUUCCACUAUGGUAAAAUCAAAUCAAUUUAGUAUAUACACGUUGAUUAAUUCUUUGAGAAGUGAUAAAACAUUGGCAUUUUACAUGGGUUAUAUGAUACUUAUAAUAGCUGGAAUAUGUUCCGCAUGGAAAUUUACAGAUUUAGAUCUAUACAAAACGUUUUCUCUUACUUGAUUCUAUAUAUCAAUGAAUCUUUGUGAUAAAUUGACUAUGUAUAUACAUUUGAUUUUUGUUCUAUUUUGACAAAUAUAUCUAUUCAGAAGUAAUAGUUUGGUUCUUUUUUCUUUUUUUCUUUUUUUGACUACUUAUUCUCAAUAAUGAUGUGUGAAUGUCUAUGAAUUUAUGACUGCAUAGUUGUUGUUUUGUUCCACUUCUAGAGGUAUAAAGAGAUCAAAAUUUUUGCCUCAGAUACUGUUAAUUAAUAGAUUUUGACAAACAUUAUUGUUAGACAAAAGUAAACGAUUCCAUAAUAUUGAAUAUCUUGAUAAAUUCCAGUAAUAGUGUAUGGAGAAGAGCUUUUUGAUCCCAAUAUUCCUGAACUGAUAAGGCGUUUUGUAGGGUGGACGAUCUGAAAUUAAGGAGUGGGGUGUUAAAGAAAAAGCUGGGAAGAUAUUACUAGUAAAUGAAAGUGAUUAAGGGUCUACUACAAACAACCGGCUUUUACCUCGCAAUGUGUUAUUGUGUCAACUUUGUUAAUUUCUGGUAAAAUAUAAUCUCUGUAGCAUAUCGACUCUGUCAUCUGUUAUCGUGUUACAGACUUCGAGAAUCGUUUGUUUUUUAUUUAUUUAUAUUUAAACACAUAAACAUUAGUACAAUGAGGCACUAAAUAGAUAAGCGCCACAUAAAUCAUUCAAUUUAUGUGAGGGCUAGGAUACUACCCGGGUGCCCAAACAGAAGUACAUGAUCUUCUUAGGACGCCACUCCUCGAGACUUUGACUUGAAGAUCUGAUCCAUAGGGCGGUGGAUCAAUGUCAGGAGAUGCAGUCACAUGGUAGACGGUGACCAACAAUUGUUUCAUACUCCAUUUGUUCCUUCAGGAU